AUGGAGUCUAAUGAUCAGUUGAACUUACAAAAUGACAAGGAAGUAGAGAAGCUAAUUCCCUUUGACAUUGAGCCCAUUCUAUUCUCAGGCAAAAUCUUCAAGAUUAAUAGAUGGUCUCUUAAAUAAGAUAGAAUUUUAAUUCUCACAGUGAGAUCAGUCUAUGUCUUCAGAAAGAAAUAGCUGAGAAAGAAGCUGUAAAUAUCGGAAUUGGGCAGUGUGAUUAAGAGUCUUUCAUCGAAUGAGUUCAUCUUACAUUUCCCGAAUUUCUUCGAUCUCAGAAUUCAAUGUGACAGGAGGUAAAGUUUCUUAGAUCUUUUGAAAUUAAGAUUUGCACACUUGCAGUCUUAAGUUACUCUCAGGAUAUAUGGAGUUCCAUCUGCCAGUUUAAAGGAAUAUCAUACAACCCCAAGCAAUAAAAAAUACGGCAUUGAUAACUUACCCACUGAAGAUAUGCGCUUAUUAGAUGAAGAAAUCAAAAGUGCACCAGAAUGGGAACGAGAGUCAAUGAUCACUGAUAACAGUAAAAGUUCUAAGAAAAAAGUCGAAGAGGAGGAGUUUGAUUUUGAAAAUUCAAGGUCAACCAAAGAUAAAUCUGGGGCCAGUUCAGAUAAAGAAGACCAUCAUGCAAUUACAAGCGAGCAAGAUGAUUUCAAGUUAGUCACUGUGCUUGGUAGAGGAACUUUUGGUAAGGUUUAUCUAGCUGAACUGAGAUAAAAUAGCCAACUCUAUGCUAUUAAAUCAAUUAGAAAGGAUGUUCUCCUCGAGUUUGAUCAGGUUAAUAAUACAAAGCUUGAAAAGGACAUUCUGUUCUCAUGUGAUCACCCUUUCCUAGUAGGCAUGGACUAUCUCUUCUAGUCUUCUCUCAGACUCUAUUUCAUCAUGCCAUUUGUUAGAGGAGGUGAGCUGUAUAAGAUUUUCCAAAGUAAGAAGAGAUUCCCAGAGAAUCAAGUCAAAUUCUACGCAGCCUAGAUUGCAAUGGCCAUUGGAUAUCUACACAACCAAGGAAUAGCUCAUAGAGAUUUAAAGCUUGAAAAUAUUCUAGUAGAUGCUGAUGGAUAUCUUAAAAUUAUUGAUUAUGGCCUUGCCAAAAUGAUUGGUUAGGAUGAGCUCUCUAUGAGUUUUUGCGGAACCCCAGAAUAUUUAGCUCCAGAAAUGGUUAGUCAUGCUGGCCAUGAUAAAAAUGUAGACUGGUGGGCACUUGGAGUACUUAUAAAUAGAAAUAUGUUGCUAAUGAAGAUCAAGAACUCUAAGGUCAUCUUCCCUGACAAAACUAAAUACAAAAUUGAGUAUUCUGACGAAAUAGUGGAUCUAAUCGUUAACCUUUUAUAAAAAGACAAGACAAAGCGUCUAGGCUAUCAAGGAGAUGGUGAUGAAAUCCUAGCUCAUCCUUUCUUUGCCUCACUUGACCUUAAGAAAUGUGAGGGUAAGGAAGUUGAAGCACCUUUUAAACCUGAAAUCUCGUCAGAAGUGUUAGAUGUCAAGUUCUUUAAUGCUAAGAAUGAUCCUAAGGAUUUAACAGAGACAUACGUGCCUGAGGCUAAGAUUAGAAAAGUCGAAAAAGCCAAGGACAUGUUUAAGGACUUCGAUAGUAAAAAUUGA